UUUUAUAUUCCUUCUCUUCACUUCCCGGGCUUCUCCUGCUUAAAAGUGCGCGCGCCCUCGGCUAUUUAUUUGACGCGCGAAGUUGUUCGCGGAGUCUCAUCGCACCUGGGAGGAUUCGUACCUGGAUACACUCCAUUCAAAGACGCCCGGUGGAGAUAUCUUCUUGACUCCAGUGUCAUUACAGUAGGAAGACAGAGAUCCACCCUGGCACCCGGCAGCAUUCCGUCUAAAGGGGAGGAGGACUUUCUGACCCUGGCUGCCUCUCGGCUCAGCCGCUGGAAGUGUGUCAUCGGAGCCGCCGUGGGCGUGGCCAUGGUCCUACUCCUCCUGAUCGCCAUCCCUCUAUUGGUCCACACCGCCAAAGGUGGAGGAGCUAACCCAGGAAGUGGCGGAGGGGGGACCCAUUAUGAGAUGCUGGGGAGCUGCAGAAUGGUCUGUGAUCCAUAUAGUACUGCCCAACCAGGCCAGGAGCUGACAGCCGUGUCCCCCCAACCGGACUACCCUGGGCGGAAGAAAACGGGGUACCGCGGGGUCCCUGGGAUCUCUGGUCCUCCGGGCGACCCAGGGCCCCCUGGGGAACCAGGCAAGCCAGGCCCACAGGGGCCUCCCGGCCCUGGACCUAAUGGUUAUGUCCCCUCCUUCUACAGCCCUAAGAUUGCCUUCUAUGCAGGGCUAAGGAAACAGCAUGAGGGCAUCGAGGUGUUGAAGUUUGAUGAUGUGGUGACCAAUGUAGGGAACUACUAUGAGCCUAGUACUGGGAAGUUCACCUGUCCUCUACCAGGUAUUUACUACUUCACCUACCAUGUUCUGAUGAGGGGUGGAGACGGGACCAGCAUGUGGGCCGACCUGAAGAAGAACGGACAGGUAAAGGCCAGCGCCAUAGCCCAGGAUGCGGACCAGAACUACGACUACGCAUCCAACAGUGUGAUCCUGCAUCUGGACGUGGGGGACGAGGUGUGUGUACAGCUGGAUGGGGGGAAGGUCCAUGGAGGAAACACCAACAAAUACAGCACCUUCUCUGGGUUCCUCAUUUACCCCGACUGACCCUAAUCAACCCCCCCCACAC